UUAGAGUUCAUAUUAACUUGACAGGUGUUGAAUAGUUAAGUUCAGUUAUAAUAGUUUACCAUUUAAAUGUGGAAAAGUCUAUGAGUGCCAGGAUAUUAUAAAAGGAUAUGUGGUUUUUAAUCUACAGGGCCAUAGAAAGAUGAUUCUAUUGUGUAUUUUAAGUUUUGGAGGUCUUUCAGUCAUAAACUCUGCUGUUUUUGCCUGCACACCCGGGGAGUACCUUACAUACUCAGGAGAAUGCAGGACGUGUCCAAGGGGAACUUUUGGAGAAACCCCUCCAUCAUUCAGAUGUGAACCAUGUAAAGGAGCAAAGACAACCAUCUCUGAUGGAGCAACUAACGUGACAGACUGUGAUUACCAGAUUGUUGGUUGUUUUGACAACAUGAGCGUUGGAAACGACACUAUCAGCUUGGCUGGAACAAAUAAAGUUGAAACCUGUCUGGAGCAUUGCGCAGCAAACGGAUAUGUAUAUGCUGCUAUACAGAAUGCAAUGAAUUGCUUUUGCUCACAGACAAAUGAUGGUACUUCUUCCAGUGGAUGUACCUUACAAUGUGGCAGUGUGCCCAAUUCCUGCGGAGGGUCAACCGCAAUGACGGUCUACAGAACAGGAAAAAGAGGAGCGUCCAUCACAACAAUAGGAACCACCGAAGUCGAUCUGACAGACUUGGGAUUGAAUGUUAGUGGAAUGGCAGAAUUUGAAUUCAUAGCGCUUGGUUGUAAAGAUGCGCAUAUUCGACUGAUGAACGAUCGUGGAAAUUAUUCACAUAACUUUAUCGAGAUAGUCAUUGGAGCAAGUAAAAACCAAUAUUUUGCCAUUCGAAAGGAGCGGUAUGGAGACGGGUUAUAUCAGCAGACUGGUAGUUUUCUGGAUUGUUACAGCUGGAGGUAUUUUAGAAUUUCAUGGAAUAAUGGAACGCUAACUGUAUUUGAAAAUGGUACCAACACUAGCCAUACAAAAGACACCGGCUUCGUUUUUGACGUUAAUCAUAUAGUUCUCUCUGCAUAUGGUACAGCUCAAGUUUGUUGGAAGGUCCUAGCAGAUAUAGAAAGAAGUGACGCAUGUCCCCCUCUUCCAACGGAAGAAACCUGUGAAUGUCCAUGCUCCUUUUCUAAUAUAACAGAAGAAGAGAUUCAGGAAAAAAUAACAGAAAUAAAGAGGCAAUUAACUGUUGACGUCACAACCACGUCACAAUAUAUUAGGAGACUUGUCUGUGCAGAAGAUCCUAGGCCCUCAGCUAAAAGUGUUGGAAUCCUUUUCGGGCCUAUAUUGAUCACAGUCUUGAUGGGGCUGAUAAUUCUUGCGGAUUUCUCAAACCUUGCAAAAUUAGCCUUACGAUUAAAAAGAUUUAUUCGACGAAUUGGGAAAGAAAGAAGAUUAAAAGACAAAUAUACAGACGGCACAACAAAAGACAAGACAGAAGAUUUCAAUAAAAACCAAGACGGGAAAAACGAGGGAAAUGAGAAAAAAGGUAAACCAGACAGUAAAAAACAGGCUGGAAACAUUACGAACACUGCAUUGAUGGUAAACCCGAACACAAUGCCCGAUAGGAAAAGUGUCAAUCAAAACAAAGACACUAUAGGGAAAAAUGUUUCUAUAAGGAAAAAUACCCCAGGAAAUCUGCGUAACAAGUUUCAGAACAAAACGAAUGCAAAGGAAGAUCAGAAAAAAAUCGGAAAACCAACAAAUCUUUCAACACAGUUAAACAAUCAAAAAGCAGAUGAAUGCAACGAAAUUGAACAAGCCAAGUCAAAAGUCGGGAAAGCUGUUAAGAGACAAGCAAUUGCAAAACCUGCUAUAAAUAACUUGAAGAUUAGCAAUAAGAACAUUAAUAUUUCUAAAAAUCUCAACAAAACAUAAGUUCUAUUACUUUUUUUCUGUUUUACAUGUAUAUCUAUGGUUAAACAUUUAUGUGU